AAAAAAAUCACUCUCCUUCCAGGUGACCACGUCGGUAGUGAAGUUGUGCAAGAAGCCGUCAAGGUGCUCAAGGCCAUUGAGAAGCACACUCCACACCAAAAGAUAAAGUUUGACUUCGAAACCCACUUGAUCGGAGGUGCGGCCAUCGACGCCACAGGCGAGCCAUUGCCCGACAAAUCCUUGGAUGCAGCCAAGAACUCCCACGCGGUUUUGUUGGGUGCCGUGGGAGGUCCUAAAUGGGGUACUGGCGCCGUCAGACCCGAACAAGGCUUGUUGAAGAUCAGAAAAGAGUUGGGGCUUUACGCUAACUUGCGUCCCUGCAACUUUGUCUCAGACAAGCUCUUGGAAUUGUCUCCUUUGAAGAGUGAGGUGGUGAAGGGCACUAACUUCACAGUUGUGCGUGAGUUGGUAGGCGGCAUCUACUUUGGGGAGAGACAAGAGCAAGAUGAAAGCACAAACAAAGACGAGGCCUGGGACACGGAAAAGUACUCUGUGGCUGAAGUCACCCGUAUCACCAGAAUGGCUGCCUUCAUGGCUUUGCAGCACAAUCCUCCUUUGCCUAUCUGGUCUUUGGACAAGGCUAACGUGUUGGCCUCCUCUCGUUUGUGGAGAAGAACCGUGGACAAGGUCAUGAGCGAGGAGUUCCCACAAUUGACUAUUCAGCACCAGCUAAUUGACUCGGCGGCCAUGAUCUUGGUCCAGAACCCUACCAAGUUGAACGGUAUCGUCAUUACCUCCAACAUGUUCGGUGACAUUAUUUCCGAUGAAGCCUCGGUGAUUCCUGGCUCGUUGGGUCUCUUGCCUUCGGCAUCCUUGGCUUCUUUGCCUGACACAAACUCCGCGUUUGGUUUGUACGAACCAUGCCACGGUUCUGCCCCAGACUUGCCUGGUAACAAGGUGAACCCGGUGGCCACCAUCUUGUCUGCUGCCAUGAUGUUGAGAUUGUCAUUGGACUGUGUCAAGGAGGCCGAGGCUUUGGAAAAGGCUGUUGGAGAUGUCAUUGACUCUGGCAUUAGAACUGCCGAUUUGAGAGGGCAGAGCUCGACCCAGGAGGUUGGGGACGCCAUUGUCCAGGCAGUCAUUAAGACCUUGAACUUAUAA